AUUCGAAUUACUACUAUCUGAAGAUGAGAAUAGAUCUGUUUAUGCAAUUAAUCUGAGUCAAGGAAGAGUAUCAAUUUGCAGCUUCUUCUUCAGGAUGGUGCCACAAAGAAAAUCCUGUUCCAGUUUCAAUGUAUAACAUAGAAAUUGGAGAAAGCAUUGGAUAACUUGCCUUAUGAUGAUUUUAACAUAUCAGAAGAAGUGCUAGAGCAGAUAAGUAUUUGCCAUUGAGCAUCUUUAUAGUGUUAUUUGAACUUGAUUCAUGUCUAAACAUGAUCCUGUCACCAGGUUGAAUUAGUCCGGUCACAGUUGAGAGAGCCGCUGAAAGAUACGGCCGCCCUCUAAGCUCAAGCUUAUCUCAGCCAUCGGAUAAGGAGAUACAUGUAGAAAAAACCAUUAACUUUGACCACCGGAUCGGAUUUGUAUAUGAAACUGAGAUGUAUUGGAUUUAUAUAGGUCUUGUCAGAUUACUAUAUGUUGUUAAUAAAGAUUUGUUAUUGUGCAAAGCUGAAUAUAUAUAUUGAUAAAUUGAGGUAUUUCUUACAAAAUUUCAAGACCAUCAGCGAAGCUCUCAAUGCUUACCCGCCCAAAUUCAAGGGCAGAUUCGUCAUCCACGUCAAGGCCGGCGUCUACAACGAGCAGGUCAUCGUGGACAAGAAGAAGCCUAAUGUCUUCAUCUACGGAGACGGCAUUGCCAAGACCAUUGUGACGGGCAGCAAGAACUACGGCAUUAUGAACAUCGGAACAAUGCACACCGCUACAUUCGCAAACGAGGCCUCCGGAUUCAUUGCGCGGGGAAUGAGCUUCCGCAACGAGGCCGGGCCGCAGGGGCACCAAGCGGUGGCGUUCCGGUCGCAGGGGGACAAGACGGCGUUGUUCGACUGCAGCUUCGAGGGGUCGCAGGACACUCUGUACUACCAGAACCUGAAGCAGUUCUACCGCAACUGCCGCAUCUACGGCACCGUGGACUUCAUCUUCGGCAAGGGCGACUGCGUCAUCCAGGACAGCCAGAUCAUCGUCAGGAAGCCCCUCCCCAACCAGUUUAACACUGUCACUGCCGACGGCAGGGAGAUCAAGCGCGGCAGCAACGGCCUCGUCCUCCACCACUGCUCCAUCGUCCCCGACGACUAUCUGUGGCCGGUCAGGUUCCAGAUCCCCACCUUCCUCGGCCGCCCCUGGAAGCCCGAGGCGCUCACCGUCGUCAUGCAGAGCACUCUCGGGGACUUCAUCAGGCCCGAGGGCUGGAAGAUUUGGGACGGCUCCACCAACCACCACACCUGCACCAUGUAUGAGUACGGAAACACCGGCCCCGGAGCCAAUACCAAUCGCCGCACCAAGGAAUUCAAGCGUUUCAAGGUCAUUACCGCCGCUGAAGCUGCCAAAUUCACCGUCGGCCACUUCCUCGCCGCCGGAGAAUGGCUGCCGCAGACCGGCGUCCCUGUGCAGAUGGGCUUGUAUUGAUAUUGGGAUACUAUAUCAAUGCAAUCUUGCUUCUAACUACCUAAUUA